AUGAAAGAACAAAAAUGGAUUCAUGAAGGUUUGAUUACUGAAUCACUUCCUAAUGGUAUGUUCUGGGUUCGUUUAGAUAAUGAAGAUCUGAUUCUAGGUUAUGUUUCGGGAAGGAUACGACGUAGUUCUAUACGAAUCCUACCGGGAGAUAGAGUUAAGAUUGAAGUAAGCCGUUAUGAUUCAACCAGAGGUCGUAUAAUUUAUAGACUCCGCAACAAAGAUUCAAACGAUUAAGCCGUUUUUCAACAUUCCUUAUUCCUUUCUACAAAAAUAGAAUUCAAGGUUCAAAAUAUCACGAAACUUAUUUUCUUCCAAAAAAUAGAUUCAAAAUUAAAACUAAAGAAUAACAAA